CCCUCCCCCUCGGGCGGCCGCCGCCGGCGAUGCUGCAAGAAACUUCUUAAAUGACCGCGUCCCGCUGCCCCGCCGAGUGUUUCUGGGUUGGGGAGAGGAAAGGAAAGUGGAAAAAAACUGAGAACUUCCUGAUCCCUUUCGCUGUGAGACAUGUCUGAGACUCCUGCUCAGUGUAGCAUUAAGCAGGAACGAAUUUCAUACACACCUCCAGAGAGUCCAGUGGCAAGCUACGGAUCCUCGACUCCGCUUCAUGUCCCAGUGCCUCGAGCGCUCAGGAUGGAGGAAGACUCAAUCCACCUGCCAGCACACCUGCGUUUGCAGCCGAUUUACUGGAGCAGAGAUGACGUAGCCCAGUGGCUCAAGUGGGCAGAAAAUGAGUUUUCUUUAAGGCCCAUUGAGAGCAACACAUUUGAAAUGAAUGGCAAGGCCCUCCUGCUGCUGACCAAAGAGGAUUUCCGCUACCGAUCUCCUCAUUCAGGUGAUGUGCUCUACGAACUCCUUCAGCAUAUCCUGAAGCAGAGGAAACCUCGAAUUCUCUUCUCCUCAUUUUUUCACCCCGGGAACUCUAUCCAUACCAAGCCAGAGGUCCUUCUGCAUCAGAACCAUGAAGAAGAUAACUGUGUCCAGAGGACACCCAGGACGCCGGCGGAGAGUGUGCACCACAACCCUCCCACCAUUGAACUCUUACAUCGCCCUAGGUCACCUAUCACCACAAACCACAGGCCUUCUCCCGACCCCGAGCAGCAGCGGCCCCUGCGGUCCCCCCUGGACAACAUGAUCCGCCGCCUCUCGCCAGCGGAGAGAGCCCAGGGACCAAGGCUACAGCAGGAAAACAACCACCAGGAAUCCUACCCCCUGUCAGUGUCUCCUAUGGAGAAUAAUCACUGCCCACCGUCCUCGGAGUCGAACCCGAAGCCCUCGAGCCCCUGGCAGGAGAGCACACGAGUGAUCCAGCUGAUGCCCAGCCCCAUCAUGCACCCCUUGAUCCUGAACCCCCGGCACUCGGUAGACUUCAAACAGUCCCGGCUCUCUGAAGACGGGCUGCACCGGGAAGGGAAGCCCAUCAACCUGUCUCAUCGGGAGGACCUGGCUUACAUGAACCACAUCAUGGUCUCUGUAUCCCCGCCUGAGGAGCAUGCCAUGCCCAUUGGGAGAAUAGCAGACUGUAGACUGCUCUGGGAUUACGUCUAUCAGUUGCUCUCUGACAGCCGGUACGAAAACUUCAUCCGAUGGGAGGACAAAGAAUCCAAAAUAUUCCGGAUAGUGGAUCCCAACGGACUGGCUCGACUCUGGGGAAACCAUAAGAACAGAACAAACAUGACCUAUGAGAAAAUGUCCAGAGCCCUGCGCCACUACUACAAACUAAACAUUAUCAGGAAGGAGCCCGGACAAAGGCUUUUGUUCAGGUUCAUGAAAACCCCGGAUGAGAUCAUGAGUGGCCGGACAGACCGCCUAGAACACCUCGAGUCUCAGGAGCUGGAUGAACAAACGUACCAAGAGGAUGAAUGUUAAGGGAACCUACCACAGCCUCACCGGUGGGCUGGCCAAGAGGAAACCUGCCCACAGGGACCGCAGGAGGCGUGAUGGAACAGGCGAGCUAGGGAUGGCUGAAAAGGAAGAGACCCAGGAAGAGCGGGAACACUUCUCUUGCAGAUCAAGAGGGACCCAGAGCACCUUAGACAAGCCACCCAGCAAUGGCAGGGCUGGAAUUCUGGUGGAGGGCACAAGCCUGAGACUCACACGUCACGUUUUGCUUCUCCUUCGGAUCUCUUGUCUGUAACCCUCACCCUCACCCUGCACCUGUUGUUAGUCUCAUGGUGUUUCUGGUUUUGUUUUUUGUUUUUGUUUUUUUUAAGAACAUGCAGUUUGACUAUUCAUCGUUCAUACAGGGAAGACAUCACAUGUUGUUUUCCUAUGGAAAUAUAUCUAUUAUAUAUAUUAUUAAUUUUUUGUUGUUGUUGCAAAUCUCACCAAGUACGGCCAGCUCAGCUGGUCAGGAAAGAGAAAACUUGCAGAAGGGAUCGGGUUCCUCUUUUUCCUGCUACGUAGAUCUGGUUUGUCCUGUCCAAGUCAGGUCUGAGAUGAGAAAGGAAAGCAAAAUGAGAGAGAUACUUUCAGACAAUGAAAAAGAAGAGUUCUGUCUCCAUCUCCCUCCACCCCGUCUCACUCAUCCCCCCCCCCUUCUCCUACCCCUUUCUCUGCCUGCUGUUCCACUUCACAGGCCUUUCCUCAAAACUAGCCUCACUAGAACCUGAAGUAAACAUUGACCCACCUGCUCUGUGACAGUCAGACUUCUUGGGCACCCAUCUGAGGGAGGCCAGACACACACACCCCCCAAAUGCUGCUGUGUUCUAGAGGAUGAACAGUGGGAGCACUGGGCACAAGAUACUACAGACGGUAGCCAUAGCAUUCACAAGGCCCCGGCUGUUUGGGAUUGUCCCGAAAGUGCUACUCGUUGGGAAACUAUGAGAAGACCACAUAGGCCCGGUAGUCCAGGAGCUAGACAGAGAACUAGCUGCUCUGCAGUGAGAACAGGUCAUCAAGGCUGUCCCGAGACAUCAUGCCCUUGUGGGAUUGCCCUCCCGCCCCCCCCUCCAAGUCCUAGCCUUUUUCUUCUUUCCUGGUCCUCACUGAACACAGAACACACAUAAGGGAGGAUCCUGGAAUUUAGUCUCGGGCACAGCCGGUAUUUGCACAACCAGAGCAGACAGGAAAUUCCUCAGAUUCAUGCUUUUUUUUUUUUUUUUUCCUCCUGUCAUGGUUGUAUUUCAGGAGAACGUAUCUGUGGCUCUUUUUCACCUCCACAUAAGGUCAGUAGUAUCUUCCAAGAUGAGGGUAUUGCUAGCCCUUAGGAUUUUUGAUAGCAGAGAUUUUUAGAUAACUGUUUCAGUGGGGUUUUUCCUUUUUUUCUUUUCUUUUUUUUUUUUCUCGUUUGUUUUUUGAGUCAGGGUUUUUCUGUGUAUCCCUGUAACCCACUUUGUAGACCAGGCUAGAACUCAGAGAUCUACCUGCCUCUGCCUCUCAAGCACUGAGAUUAAAGGCAUGCACCCCCACGCCUGGCUUUUUUUUUCCUUUGCUAGCCAUCUAAAUGGACUCUUUGAAGUUCACUGUUUUAAACCCCAGAUAAUGAGGCCUGCCUUUCAAAACUAUUCCUUGACUUUCCUGUCUCCUUCUACACCAUGGAGUGAGCCUCUCCCAGCCCUCCUGGGUAUGUCUUUGACCAGAAGCAGGAUACAGGUGAAGCUGACAGACCAGAGAUGCCCUGCAACUAUUCCUAAGUGGGGCACAUAGAGGCUAGGAGUACCAGGGCACAUCACUCACCCGACAUCCGCUUAUAGACUGGCUUCUUUAGUCUUACUGUGGCUUCCUCAUGGCUCCCUCAUCUGCCUUCGAAGAGGUCAGCGGCUUUCUGGGUGAGGCGUUUGGUUUUAGUAUGCAUACGUAAUGAUGAGAGUCACAUGCUAGGUGUUUCUUAAAAGUAUGUCAGGGGAUAAUUUUUUUAAUGUUUUUUUUCUUUGUUUGUUUGUUUUGUUUUGUUUUGUUUUGUUUUUUUGUCCUCUACAAUGACUGGUACCUUAUAUCAAAUAGGGAAAUUAAGCCAAAUAGUUGUGUUGUAUGACCCACUGGGUUGAAGAGCAAGAGAGAAAGGGUGGGCUUUUUGUUUUUGUUUUGACUGAGGUCCUAGAAACUAGAACACUUCAUUCUAGCCACUUUGCCCAUGCUUAGAACUCAGUCUCUUAACUGCCCGAAGAAUCUUCCAGAUGAACUGUGGAAGGAAAUUCCUCUGUUCCCUAAGGAGUCUUGGAUGACAGCUCCAGCCACUUACGUUAGAAAUGCUCCUGGCAAUACCGUCUUUAUUUCACACCUGGUGUUACCAGUAAUGAUGUCUAUGGUUCUCUUAACUGUAAAAGUCCUCGUUUGUUUUUUGGAGAGAAAAUACGGCCGGGGUUGUCACCCAGAGUACAGGGCUCUCAGGCAGCAGACUCAGAAGGUUCAGAUUUAGCUGAUCAGACCUUGGAGGGAACAGCACUAAGGGAGUUCUGUUGUUUUUUUGGUUUUUGUUGUUUUUUUUUUUUCUAUCCACAAUGACCUUCUAGCUCAACAUUAAGUUCAAGAGGUGAUGGAAGGAAUCUAAAAGCUCCUUUUAGUGGCCUUUUUCUGCAGCCAUCGUGGGUUGGGUCAGGAAAGGAAUUUGCAGGAAAGCAUUACCAUGUGGAGGAAAGGCAUUGCCACCGAGGUCCUGGGAUUCUCUGUCCUCAGUCCUUGGCCGGACUGUCUUCAGGGUUCCUUCAGCAGAAACCACCGGUAGCUGCUUACAUGUUGACAGUAGUUUCCCUCCGAUAAUUUUGAUCCAAGGUGCCCUGGUGCCGACUGAAGGCAGAGUCACCCCUGAUAUUCAGUAUCUUUUUUUCAGAAAGAAAAUGGUCCUCAUAAGAAAAGAACAAAGCGGGCUUCUUUGCUUGUUCAUUCAGGGCCCUCUGAUCCAGCAUCUUUUUACACUAAUACCUUGUCCAGAUAAGAAUGUCACUCUGACAUCUAGAUGUCUGGGAGGUGUCCCUGGAAUGACCUAGUGGCCACUCUGUCUUUUCACACUGUUCGGGUUCCAACCAUAAACACAGUUUGGCACAUUCACUGUGGUUGGCAGAAGACAACCUGAGCGAGGUCGUGUCACUUUCCCUGGGAGCAGACAGCAUGAGAGACAGGGUUAGGAUCAGGAUCCGGCCAGUCUGCACUUACUGGCAGGAUAAGUGUUCAGAAUGCAGCUAGAAGUCAUCCUGGUUUAAACCCCUAUUUGAUCCAUCCCCAGCAAAGAAACUAAAGAUGCCAAGGGUGGUUUUCACUGCCCAGUCAUUCGGUGCUAGUUAGUGCUGCUGUGCACUCUCAGCCUGCUCCUCUUUUGAGCAGAAACCUAAAUUGGACGGCAUAAAAAAACCCAGUGGGGCAGGGGUACAGAGGGACACCCCGGAACCCUGCCGAUCAACAAGGCACACAGGACUCACCCAGCAUUCUUUUGGCCCCAUCCGCAUCAACACUAAACAACUUCAAACCGCUACCCGCCCCCACUCUUUCACCCUCGCAGGUGAACACUCUUCUGAAGACUUCUCUUUGUGACUGCACCCACCUGCAAGCCAGAUGAAUCUAGAAUGAAUUUCUGUUGUUGUUGUUUAGUUUCUAAUCUCUUGUUUAUGAGGUGUGGGGUUUAUAAGGGACUGAAUCAAAUGAAUGUAACAAAAAAAGAAAAAAAAAAACAAACAAAAAAUGCCUUUUCUCAGGGCCAGUGAGUUGCAAAUAAUUUUUAAAGAAAAACCUAUAAUUACAUCAUCUCAAUAAAUUUUUUAUAAAAAAAAAUAAAA